AUGUCUGGCUAUUUGACUGCAGAUCAUCAUGUUAAAAAGAAGAAAUGCAAAAUGGGAGAUCCAUCGCUCUCAGAUAGUGUCCUUUAUGCUGAACACUCCGAAUUAGAAGGGUCCAGGAAAAAGAAGAAAAACAAACAUAGGAGUACAGAUAAUGAGACCUUAUUGGAAGAUAGCUGCUUAGAUAACCUCUCACCAUCUUACAGCAGUAGCAAAUUUAAAGAGCAAGAGGACAAUUUAGAGCAGGAGUUGUCAAACCAGGACUAUAAUUUCAACACUCCAAAGUCUCCUAAAAAGAGAAAGAAAAAGAAACGUAUAGAAAUGUCUGUGGAGAAGGCUCUAGAGGAGACAGGUCAUACUGGUCAUUCAAGCUUGUAUGAUGGUAAUAGUCAUUCCAGUGAAGUGGCUGUUUCUGAGGAAGUCCUCCAUAGUGAAUAUGUAAGAAAAAAGAAAAAGAGGCAUAGAACCCCAGAGAACAGAAACUUGGAGGAAGAUGUUUUAGAAGAUGUACAAGAAACCUCCUCAAUAGUCAUGGGAAAUAUUGAUAUGGAAAAAUCUGUUAAAAAAAAAAAAAAACACAAAUCUAACAAAUUUUUGGAGGAAGAAAAUUUGAGUCAUGAUUUCCAUCAAUCUAUUAAAACCAGCAGUCAGUGUCAGGUUGCCUCUAAGAAAUCUAGACAUAAGUGCAAUGAAGUUUCUGUGGAGGAGGCUGUAGAGGAGACGGCUCAUACAAGCUUGUACGAUGGUAAUGGUCAUUCCAGUGAAGUGGCUGUUUCUGAGAGAGUCCUCCAUAGUGAAUCUGUAAGAAAAAAGAAAAAGAGGCAUAGACCCCCAGAAAACAGAAGCAUGGAGGAAGAUGUUUUAGAA